AUGGCCUUCAAAUGCUUGCUUUUCCUUGUCCUCUUAGCUAAUUUUUCGGCGGGCUUCUCAGUGGUGAUCCACUUCAGCAAUGCAGUGGGCAGUCAGGCUCCCAUCAACCUGCGAGUCCGAUCAAACGGCUAUUUGACGGGCUCAGCCUUGCUGAGGCCUCUCUGGGUAUAUGAGGUCGAGGUGGACAAUAACAACAACAACGAGUAUUCAGCACAUGGAGUUUAUGGCAUAGCGCAUUCAGAUUUCGAAGCAUAUGAGCCAACCAGGGAUAAAGGACACGCCAACAUAUAUUGGAGGGCCGAUGAUUGGGGAUUUUCUUUCAGCUACGACAACAUUGAGUUCGAGAGGGACGCGCCUUGGGAUUCGGAGUGA